AUGAUGGAGGCUUGGAUACGAUCACUGAUUCAUGAGAAACGCAUCAAGCAUCUCACACUUGAAAACGAUCUAUGCCCUUUCAAGCGAAACAUCAAACACAUCACACCUGAUUUGCCUCCGAAUUCAUUUUCAAAUCAAAACCUCGAAUCACUCGCUUUAGGUGGAUACAACUUUGAAGCUCCACAUGCUUUCAACAACUGCUGGAAUCUAAAGAGGCUAACACUCUAUGCCAUUUUUGCCGAGAUUGAAGUCAUUAACGUAGUUCUCGCGUCCUGCCCUUCUCUUGACGUGCUUCAAUUAGAAAUCAAUUGCCACACAAGAAGUGGCCCUCUGAAAAUCGACAACCGCCACUUAAAGUUCUUGUAUAUAUCCUCUUACAAUAUUGAUGGGGUUGAAGUGUCUUCACCAACUCUGGAAAUCCUCACCAUCGGAUCUCUCUCGUGUGAGAUGGAGAACUUCCUCGUUGCAAAUCCUAGACUCCAUUUUCACAGGAACUAUUGGAGUACAGGAAAUUUUUUUCCUCACACCAGCUAUUAUAUCUCGUGCCCUGAUCAGGAGAAGAAAAGCAUUGGACGCGAAUACAUGAACAUAAUGAACGGUUCCCGUGAUUUUAUGGAAAAAUUUGCAUCGCUGUCGGUGAGCGUAGACUUGACAAAUACAAAAGAAGUCGAGAUGCUACAAGAAGUCUUAGUUUCAUGGCCUGAAGAAAUGGAAGACCUUGAGAUCUUAUUCAAGAAAAGUAAUGCUUCGAUGAAACAAGGUGAAAAUUCUACUGGGAUAAUAUAUAAGAAGUUUUGGGAAGAGACAAAACUGUUUCCUGAUGCUUGCUUCUGUGUAUAUACUGUCUGGUUGUUUAACUUUAGCGGUUCAAAAGAAGAGUACACGUUAGCCUCGCGUUUGAUAACGCAAGAGACGGUGAUCGAGACUAUGAAAAUCAAACCAUUAUUGUCGUUUUCUCCAAGUACCAAGUUGGAGAUAGAGGAAGCAAUCACCAAGCUUAAGGAACUUGCUAAAGGUCACACAGGGCUUGAUAUCAUAGUGGUCUGA